AUGAAGGAAGCAGCAGCAGCAGCAGCAGCAGCAGCAGCAGCAGCAGCAGCAGAGAAGCCCCCCAGUGACCCCCCUCUGGGGGCCCCUGGGGGCCCCCCCCCUGCGGGCCAUUUCCCAGGGGGGCCCCCAGCGCAUGCAGAGGGUUCACCAGCGCAUGCAGGGGGGCCCCCAGGGGCCCCACAGGGUCUUUCUGUUCAAAGGGGGCCCCCAGGGGGGCCCCCGGGGGGCCCCCCAGCGCAUGCAGAGGCCCCCCCACUGCAUGCAGAGGGGCCCCCAGGGGCCCCAGGGGCCCCCGGGGGCCCCGCGGCCCCACAGGGUACUGUGGGGCCCCAAGAACCCUCAAAAGACCCACAGGGGGUACUGGGGGGCCCCCCCGGGGGGCCCCCCAAUGCUGCUGAGGGGGGGCCCCCCGAAGAGGGCUAUAUAGAAGAUUUGCUGCCGCUGAUGGUUGCAGCAGGACUGGUGGGGCCUGAGCAGCAGGAGGAUCCCGAAGCAGCAGCAGCAGCAGCAGCAGCAGCAGACGCUGCAGCGGCUGCAGCAGCAGCAGGAGCGUCCCGGCUGCUGGAGUGUUUGUUCAGCCCAGACGCAGCAGCACAACUUGCUGCUGCUGACCCCAAGGAUUUGCUGCUGCUGCAGCAGCAGCAAGUGGCAGAUGUGCUGCUGCGGCAUGCAGUGCGUGACGAGCACAGCGACAAGGACACGUUGAAGCUGCUGCAGAUCUUGCUGCUGCAGCAGCAGCAGGGAGAAGCAGCAGCAGCAGCAGCAGCACGCGCCAACGUGGACCAGAAGGUGGUAGACUUGCUGCUGCUGCCGCAGCAGCAGCAGCAGCAAACCGUGCCAGUGGAGUGCCUGUGCGGGCUGCCCGUCACAGGGGGCGUCUUCUCCUGCAGCAGCAGCAGCAGCAGCAGCAGCAGCAGCAGCAGCAGCAGCAGCAGCGGAGCAGCAGCAGCAGGGGCUGCCUGCCGCAUGCUAAACCCUAGCCUGUCGCUGCACUCACUGACACAGGCGCUGUUUUGCUGCUGCUGCCAAGGCAAGCUGCGCAGUUUGCUGCUGCUGGAGCGCUGCUGCAGCGUUGCUGCUGCUAACUUGCUGCUGCUGCAGCAAGGCCGCAGCACUUUGGUGCAUGCAGCAGCAAUGGGCGGCUCCAGGGCCACGCUGCAGCGCCUCCUCACUGCCCACAAACUCUCCCCCCGCGGGCCCCUCGAGUCUGCGAACUACAACGAGCCGAUCCACCUGGCCGCGCACUGCGGAAGAACUUCUGCAGUUUUGUCUUUGAUAGAAUUCGGAGCUCCUUUGGAGUGUCUGGACAGACACCAGAGAACCCCCGCCUUCCACGCCGCCGCCAACGGCCACCUUUCCACCCUCAAAACCCUCGAGGCCAUGGGCGCAAACCUCCGAGCUGUGGACGCGGACGGGAUUUCGCUUUUGGAGGAAGCAAAAAACAAAAGAAACAUCAGAGACGGGAGAGACCGCGAGGGGAUUUAUUUGCUGCUGCUGGACAAGGAAGCAGCAGCAGCAAAUGAAGACGCUGCAGCAGCAGCAGCAGCAGCAGCAGCAGCAGCAGCGGGAGACGGGCCUGCAGCCAGGAGCAAAAGAGCUCGAGACGAAGCCGCCGCGCAAACCCUAAACCCUAGCUCCGAAACCCUAAACCCUAAUUCCUAA